GCUCAGGACGGGUGACUUUCUGAUUGAGGUAAACCAGGAGAAUGUGGUGAAGGUGGGCCACAGACAGGUGGUCAACAUGAUUCGUCAGGGUGGCAACCGACUUCUAAUCAAAGUGGUGACAGUGAGUCGGAAUCUGGAUCUUGAAGAUAUAGCACGCAAGAAAGCCCCCCCACCUCCAAAGAGAGCCCCCACGACAGCCUUGUCGAUGCGUUCCAAGUCUAUGACCUCGGAACUGGAAGAACUCGUGGAUCAAGACUUAGAGUUUUUGUUUCCUGUCGCCUCCAAAGCCACACUAAGGAAAAAGAAAGGUGUCCAUGUAUCACGACCGCCAGGGAGUAGCAGUGGUGCCACCCACUGUGCCAGGAGCCUACCUGGGGUUACCUGAGAAGGGCAUCAUGAGGAAGCAGAAGUCAAUAGGUACAUCAGAAGAUGAAAAAUUGGGACUUCUCACUCCUCCUCCGCUCAAGUUUUCCCGCAGCCUCUCAAUGCCAGACACCUCAGAGGACAUCCCUCCUCCCCCAGCCAUUUCACCCCCUUCACCACCUGGCUACAACUCAGUUGCUAGCCCUACAGGCAAGAGCUUUGGCACGAUAAGACCAAACUUCACUCAGAACUCACCUAAUGCUGUGACCACCAUCAGCAGAACCACAGAUGUCGGUACUUUAAGGCGAGGCUAUUUCCGCCAAAGCUCAGAGCAUUUUGAGAGCGCACGCACUCGAGGGCGUACGCCAGUGCCUGAGAAUCCUUACUCUGAGGUAGGUAAUAAGACAUUGUAUGUGCCAGCAAAACCAGCUAGAAAGAAGGGAAUGUUGGUCAAGCAGUCAAAUGUUGAAGACAGUCCAGAGAAAACGUGCCAUGUGCCAUCAAGCCACUCAAGACCAGUUUCCAUACCCACUACACCUGUAGAAAGGACGUGCUCCUCCAUCCCCAUUCCCACUAUUAUUGUUAAAGAGCCUUCCACCAGCAGCAGUGGCAAGAGCAGCCAGGGUAGCAGUAUGGAGAUUGAGCCCACCACCCCUGAGCAUCCUCCUCUCCCACCCACUGUUGGUGGAAGUUUACAUCCUGAGGACCCACUCUCUCUAAACAACCCUUUUGCAGCAGCUAUCGCUGGGGCAGUGCGGGACCGUGAAAAGAGGCUGGAAGCCAAAAAAAACUCUAUUGCCUUCCAGUCAAUAGACAUUGGGGAUGAUGAAAUGAGUGGUCCCACACCGACCCCUCGUCUUCGUCAGUCCAAGUCCAUUGAUGAAGGCAUGUUUAGUAGUGAUGAACGGCUUAGAAGGAUAAUGGCCCCCCCUUCUGCAAUGCAGCUUGGACCUCCAGUUGGUGGUGGUAGUGGAAAUAUGACAGAUUUUAACACUCCUGAACCAACAGUGGUUCGGGAGCCUCUGAACACUAGAACAGGCCAAUGCCCCAAUCUGGACACUCCAGUUAGUCUCCCAGUCACCUCUCCUAAGAGCCACUAUAAGGUCAAUGGGAUCUACCUCCAUCCUGUCACUGGUAAACCUUUGGACCCUAAUUCUCCACUUGCUUUAGCAUUGGCAGCUCGUGAUCGAGCCAUGAAGGAACAACAGAAUCAUCCCCAAAAUCAGUCAACAAAUCCUCCUCAUGUUCAACAAAUCCCCAAGCAUGAUGCCCAGUCCCUGCCUCUUCAGCAAUGUCACAAACCAGACCUCAACCAACCUUUAUUUAUUGACACCAAAUUGCGCUCUGGGAUUGAGACAAGUUUUGCUUCAAUAACCACGGCAACUAUGGGUCGGCCAGGCCGUGGAGGCCUUCGGAGACAGAUGACAGAACAUAAGUAUGAGACUGAUGGAGCACGUGAAGAGCGGCAGCAUCAGCCAGUUGAAGAAAGGAAAAGUGCACCGGCAAAAGUGGUAGAUACGUUGCAGCCCAAGUCUGCUGGGCUGUUGAUGGUCCACACAAGCACAGAAGCCACAAACAAUAAAACAAACAACCAGGAGUUGGAGGUCCAGGACAGCAAUAGGCCAUCUGAGUUAAAGGACCCCAACCAGCCCAAUUCUCACAACCUUCCAACCCUGUCCUCCAAUCCUCAGGCAGCUGCAUCACGGAGGAGAAGUGUUCCUUUAGGUGAGUCUUUAGAAGAACCAGUAAAACUGCCUUUCCGCAUCCCCCCUCCACCUCUAGCCUCAGUUGACAUUGAUGAAGAGUUUGAAUAUUCAGAGCCCCUCCCCCCACCACUGGAGUUUGCAAACAGUAUUGACAUUCCUGAUGAUCAGGCCAAUGCCAUAGCUGAGAUGAUUCAGCAACAGAGACGUAACGGGGGACCUCCUUUACCUCCCUAUCAUCCUCACGCCCCACCACCUGUCUCAGAUCAACACAAACGGGUAGGAAACAGCUUGUCCCCUUCAUACCAUUCUGCUCCACCUGAACCAGAGUCAGGGGUAACUGACUCAGGCAUCGAAGAGGUUGACAGUCGCAGCAGCGGGGAUCCUCAGCACAUGGAAACCACCAGCAAUGUCUCUAGCAUCUCCACAUUGUCGUCAGAAGGAGGCUUUUGUGACAGCGCUUUGGAAAGUCUCUAUGCCACUGCAGAUGGCCAUGCCUUCCUGAUAGAUCGCCCUCCUGUCCCACCCAAACCCAAGAGCAAAUCUGUCAUUAAUAGAACAUCACUUUAUCAUGACGCUCUCAUUGAGGAGCCUCCAGAGUUAUAUGGGUCCCCACCUCAAGGCCCUCCCCCUCCUCCAUCAUCAUCAGAACCUCCAAGGACUCCUACUCAAAGGACAUCUAAACUGUGGGGUGAUCAGCCCCCUGAACUACGCAGCCCACCAUCCACACCAGACACCAAGAACGUGAUUACUGAGCUGAGCUCUAUUCUGCAGCACAUGACUCGUGACAGGCCAGCCAAACCAGAAGAGAGCCUUGACUCCCCCACAGGGACCAAAGGAGGCUUCACAACCAGGCCCCACACCGAUGACUCAGGAAUGCGCAACAAUACUACCACCCUCACCUCCACACCGCCAAGCAGCCUCCCUUCUCAGGUGCACCCCUGCAGCCCACCAGACUCUGCCUCUUCUCUCACCCCCUGCUCCUCCUUGCCCCCUUCUGUGUCACCAACCCUCACCGAUGUCUUCGGCCUGCCUACUCCUCCCAUGGGCAGCAGCGGCGGAUACAGCCUGAGCUCGUCGUGCGGCGGCAGCGGAAGCUCUCGUUCUCCAUCACCACUCACCCUGAUGCAGGCGGUGGCAGCCUCAGGGAAGCCCUUCGCUUCCAAGUCCAUGGAACUGUGGAGCAAACACGAUGUGGCUGACUGGCUGGAGAGCCUGAACCUGGGGGAGCACAAGGAGGCCUUCCUGGACAACGAGAUUGAGGGUGCCCACCUGCCGUCUCUUCAGAAAGAGGACUUGAUAGACCUGGGCGUGACCAGAGUGGGGCACCGCAUGAACAUCGAGAGGGCCCUGAAACUCCUCCAGGACAGAUAAACCCUGUGGAGAUGGAGACUGAAGCAGGGAUUCUGGCUUAGUGGAAGGGUGGGGGGUGUUUUCAACCACGUCAACCAUCAGAUGCAACCUCGAGUCACAAGAUUUUGUCCACGCUGAAGCUGCCUCGUGGUGUUUUUGUCCUUCCUCAUCCUCGUUCAUCAUCUUCAUUAGUGCUCCAGUAUGAUCGUCUCCUCCUGAGGUCCAAGGAGGGGCGGUGA